AUGGCCGAAAUAGAAAACAUAGUAAGCUACGUACCCAAAUACUACCAGAAUCUGCCCACGUCAGUGUGGAGCCGUCUUCCCAGUACCCGAAGGUCGGCAGUUUUCAUACUUUUGUUCCUUGGAAAAAUGGGUGAAUUAAGAGUCAUUUUGACAAAACGAUCUUCUCAGCUUCGCAACUUUCCUGGCCAUAUAUCGUUACCAGGAGGCAAGGCUGACUCGGACUCGGAAACAGAAUGGCAGGUUGCUCGGCGAGAAAUGGAAGAAGAAAUCGGGAUCAGUGCCGACAACGAAAAGCUCAAGAAGAACUUUGGGUUCAGCAUUGACCAUCUAAAAGUGCUUCCUUGUUAUCUUUCAAGGACGUUUCUGGCGGUCCGGCCGUGUGUGGGGUUUAUGAAGUUUGGCAAUGAUGUCCUGGAGUCGGAAUUGAUCCACAACUUGACAUUGACUCUCAAUCCUGGCGAGAGCUCUGGCAUCUUUUCCUGCCCAUUGCGUGACUUUCUACACCCUACAGUGGACGAGGAGCCCAGCGAGAGCAUCGAGAGGCAGUCACAUUCUGUCCAUUGGGGCUCAAUUCCGUGGAAUUUGCGGUCGUAUAUUUUCCCACAGAAAAAGCUAAACGAGCCCACCUGGCUCCACGACAUCCAGGAUCUUCUGGAAGAGGACUAUUCCGACGAAGACGAGAUCGCCAAGCGCGAGCAGACACCCCCAACUUCAGAUUCUUCAGAGAAAGCUUCGAAGAAGCAAAAACUCUCACUGUGGGGUCGGCUCGGAUCUCGCCGAGACUCCGAAACUCAAGAACGCAUCUACGACGUAUGGGGACUCACAGCCAAUAUUCUCCAUGAUUUGGCCAAAAUAACCUACGGACACGCCGGAGGAAUCCAGGGCGAAGAGGAACUCAUCUACAGUGUGUGGCAUCAUGGCAAUCAGAUGCGCCAAAAGGAACGAUCUCCAGAAGAAGCCAAACUCAUCAAUGCCACUAUAUCCGACAAUUACGGGUUCCUGGACAUUCUUCCACGGCAGGAGUUCCUUCGGUUGAAGAAAUUGUAUCGUGGAGGAGACGUCAAGAUGUAG